UCCAGGGACCGCAAAGUCCUCAGGGACUACAGCGGGGCGCUCAGCUACGGCUCCACCUCCAAGUACCUGAACAUCACCGCCCUGCUGCUCAACAUCAUGUUCGUCAUCCUCAUGAUCGCCCUGAUCGCCACCGGCACCAUCGUCAUAUCAAACAUCAUCCAGAAAGAGCACCAGUCCUUCGGCCCCACUUAG